AUGUCGACAAUUACCAGCGAUGAGAUCGGUGAGAAGAUCUUGCAGUCAUCAGAGAGUAUUACAAAGAGUUAUGCUCGGCUGCAAUUGUUGAUGGAGAACUAUUCGACCAUCGAGUUCCGUUGGAAGAAGUACAAUACUAAAAAACGCCAGAACCGUCUUGAAGAAGCAUGGCAAAAGAUGCCUAUUUUGCAACGACCUGAUCUCUGGGAGUACAACCGAACCGGCUAUGUUGGUAGUUCCGACAACCCUGCGGUAUUCAUGUGGCCUGAUAUUAGCUUGCGGGCAUUGAAGGAUGAGAACACACUUUUGGAUUUCCUGAGCGCCCGUUGCCAUGACCCACCUUAUAAUUUCCUCUUCGCCGACCGCGAGGCAGUGGAAUUUGGCGUCAUGACCUCGAAUAUUCAGCAGGAAAAUCACUUGGCUGAAACCUACGACGUCGUGUUUUGGAAUGACGCUGGCAAUCGGUACGGAGAGCUGCUGAAGCGUGACGUGGAUUGCGCAAAGACGAGGCAAAUCCGGAUGAAUGCUGGCGAUGGGCUUCUUGUUCUAGAGAGGCAACAGCGCCUGUACCGUUUUCUGGCUGACGUUGCAACCUCGUUAUGCAAGGACAUGCCCGAGGAAAGUGUACCGAAGUCGUCCCCCGAACAGCGGAACGCGAACGCAUUGUUGGGCGUCAGGAGGCACUCGUUUUAUCGGUCGCCCGUGCACUUCGAUGCGCACUCUCUACUCCAUUUCGUUGACGCACAGCUGGAUGCAGCGGAGGACCACAUGCGCGCACUGCGGGAGGAUCCCAGGUAUUUUGCCGACAUGCUCCGUGAGAGAAAGGAUCACGCGAUGGAGCACGUGGCCUGGUCACCCUCCGCCCGACCAGUCCAAGUAAAGGAAUCAUGGAAUCACACCAUACGCGUGGUGAUACGUGAAGCUUAUGCUGCCCUGGGAAUGUGGACCGCGGUGAAGGUGCAGCUACAGGCCCUAUCUCGGUUGAUGGCCGACCAUGGGGUAGGUUUGGAGCCUCACGAAGCCCUCUCCCAGCCCUUGGGGGAUGCACUUGCCAACAUGGUGUGGUUGCUGGAGCUGAUGUUUGAAAUGCCCUUCGCAACCUUUGUGGAAGUCUUGCCACCAUCACCUAUGAUGCGAGAUUCGUUCGGAAAGACGAUAACCCCAGACGGAAAGCUUCAGUUCCUCCCUACUCAGCAAGCUUGCGAAGACACAACCAAAGUCGGAAUCAUCAGAACCGUCGCGAUGCUCAUGAAUAAAGACAUUAGGAAAGACGUUGGUCUCCCCACACUCAUGGAUCUAUUCGAUACCGUUCUUUUGAAAGAUCAGGCGACCGUCAGCCUCCUGUCACCACUGGUGAUGAGGACCAUUUCGGACUUAUCUGCACUGGCAGAGUGCGUGCGCGAGAUCUUUGCUUUCCAGCCGUGGGCCAGAAACAUUAGAAGCGCACUCGAGCGAAAAGAAGCGUCUUUCCGUCAAGACUGGGAGAAAGCUAAGGCGAGAUGGCUGUUGCCAGACAAGGCGUGGAACCAGUCGGAUUUGGCUACGUCAGGCGCGCCCGUGGAAGAGCGAUUUGCCUAUCCGGUGAACCAGAAACCCUCACGCAAGCGGACGAAUGCAAUGCAACGUGCAGAAGCCAACCUCGAUAAAUUUUGGGGGGAGGCGGAUCGUGAGAUCUUGGACCACCUGAAACAGAUGGAACUGCCCUUUGAUGCAACUUGGGUACCAUAUCGUACUCCCAACUGGGUGGAGCCCAUGAGUCGUCGAGAACCCAGGGCUCCUCAAGUUCCUCAGGUUUCACAGGAUGUGAUUGAUUUCGAGCUCGCACAUCGUACACAACAGAGACCUAGCAAAAGCCAAACAGGUAAUACGCAACCCGAGAAGGCCAAAACACGGGGGCCUGCGCAAGCGCCUUCGUCAGAAUUCCCCAUACCGCCACCGGAAGACGGCACUCCAACCCCAAAGAUUAGCGUGACGCAUGAAUCUCUACAGGUGUUUCGAAUGCUACUUCCUCACAGAUGGGAAGGUGGGCUCUCGGGGCAGCUCCCCUGGAGAGAUUUCAAGUCUGCAAUGACGGAAGCUGGCUUCUGGUCCGAAUCCACCUCUGGCUCCUCGGUGGGAUUUAUUCAUGAUAAAACUCGGCAGAGGAUUCAGGUACACCGUCCUCACCCACACUCGAAAUAUGAAUUUCGCGCCGCUCGGAACAUUGGCAGGCAUCUGAGGCGCAGAUUUGGUUGGAACGAAAAGACGUUCUGCUUGAAGUCUACGUGA